GGGAUGCUUCCCGGGGUUCGGCCACGCACCGGGGCGUUAUCCCAGCGGGGCCGGCCAACCUAUUUUUCCAGGCGAGGAAAUAUUUAACCGCGGCGUCAGCGGGCAGGGCGGGCAGGCGCAGGCAUGGAGGGUGACGGGCAGCACCCGGUCCCCCCUGCCCUCCCGGGCCGCCCCCAGGGUCAGCACCUGCAGCUCCUGCUGCGCCGUAGCCGGGAGGCCAAAAACUGCGCCUAUUGCCCCUACAGCCGCUUCCCGGUGGGCGCCGCGCUGCUCACCGCCGGUGGGGAGAUCUUCUCCGGGUGCAACGUGGAGAACGCCUGCUACAGCCUGGGGGUGUGCGCCGAGCGCACCGCCAUCCAGAAAGCCAUCUCGGAGGGGCACACCAGCUUCAGGGCCAUGGCCAUCGCCAGUGACAUGGGGGACCACUUCAUCACACCCUGUGGUGCCUGCAGACAAGUGAUGAGAGAGUUCGGCACGGACUGGGACGUCUACCUGACCAAAGCGGACGGCACCUAUAUCGUCAAGAGGCUGGAGGAGCUGCUGCCGCUCUCCUUCGGCCCCGAGGACCUGAAGAAGGCGUGAGCAGCGCGGCCAUCGCCGGCCUUCGCCCUUUGGCGGCAGGGGAGGAUGGUUUUCCCCAAUUUUCCUGGCGUGUAAGCGGCUUUUUGGGGACGAUGCGAUGGGAAAUGCAUUUAUAGUGUUAAGUUACCCGUUCCUCUCGCUCAUCUUCUGAUUCAGCGCUGAUUGCAGAUGCUGGCCCCACCUCACCCUGGGGAAAUGGCGAAAUCGAAUCAUAGAAAUUCCCUGUUCUUAGGCGAAAAAAGCGUCCAGAUAUCGCUGUAGUCGAGGGGGGGAAGUUCACAGACAGGCAAGGGGUUGAUGCACGGCUCAAGCUCAGGCUCGUUGGUAAAGAAACCACUCCCGAAUAUCGCAAAAUCAUUGCUUGGGAAAAUGCUGAAUUCUUCAGCAAAAAAGAAAGGCUCCAUGGACCCCCGAGAUUCUCAAUAAACCAAUUCAGAUUAGGUGAUUUGCUGGAACCGGACGGUUAUCAUGCUGAGCGUGUCUUUUUCUCAUUUCUGGCUUGUUUUUCUCGCUUUUAUUCCGUUUGCGGGGAUGAAGAGGGUAAGGAAUUUUUUGGAGAGUUUUCUGUCUCCAGAGCAAUGCCGUUUGCCGAUUGUACUAUUAAUUUAAUUAUGCACAAUGAAAAAUGAAUGCAUUACGCUUCCCAAACAGCGCUGGGUUGGGUGUUACUGCCUACGCCCAAGCAAAAUAAAA